UGAUUAUGAGGUGGUUAGUGUGACAUAAACCUAACACUUUCUUGAAACAUAGCCCAAUAAAAAAUUUCAAAUUAUAAGUAUUAUUCUUUCAACUUUUGCUAUAUAAGUAUGCUUAGCAUGCUCCUUGGAAUUCCCCUUCUUCCCUCCGCAGCUUAUUGAUACAAAAAAUAAAGAAUUUAUCAAGAGUUCCCCUUUAUGGUUAUUGGCCUGCAUGUGCUCUGCAAUCACAGAGUUUUCUUUAUUGCAUAAUAAUUUACACUGUUCCUUUUUUUCCCAUAUAAAUGAAGUUGAUUCACUUCAAUAGGCCUCCCUCCCUCUUUUGAAACGUUUUCUUAGUAGCACUAAUUUUGAUUUUGUAAGUGAUUUGAAGCUGCACUAUGGGUGAAGAAGUAAAACAGGAACAAAUUAAGGAGGAAUCUAAGCCUGAGGAGAAGAAAGAAGAGAAGGCAGAGGAAAAGAAAGAAGUAAAGGCGGAAGAGAAGAAAGAAGAGAAGGCAGAGGAGAAGAAAGAAGAACCUAAACCACCAUCCCCAUUUGUCUUGUUUGUGGAUUUGCACUGUGUGGGAUGUGCAAAGAAGAUUGAAAGGACACUUCUUAGGAUAAGAGGAGUUGAAGGAGUUGCAAUCGACAUGGCUCAAAACCAAGUGACUAUAAAGGGAGUUGUGGAGCCUCAAGCAGUAUGCAACAGACUCAUCAAGAAAACCAAGAGAACAGCUAAAGUCUUAUCGCCAUUACCGGAAACUGAGGGUGAACCUCUACCAGAAGUUGUUGCCUCACAGGUUAGUGGAUUGGCUUCUUUGGAACUUAAUGUGAACAUGCACUGUGAGGCCUGUGCUGAGCAGCUUAAGAAAAAGAUACUCAAAAUGAAAGGUGUGAGGACAGUUGAAACCGAAUUAAGCUCUGGGAAAGUGAUAGUAACAGGCACCGUGGAUGCAGACAAGCUCGUUGAUUACGUCUAUAGAUGCACAAGAAAGCAGGCCAAAAUUGUCCCCCAGCCGGAACCUGAGAAGCCCGCCGCAGAAGAAUCAAAGCCUGAAAACAAAAAAGAAGAAAAACCAGCUGAAGAAGCAAAACCCGAAGAGAAACCACCGGAAGAGGGAACGAAAGAAGGCAAGGAGGAGCAAGGUGGUGAAAACAAAGAGGAAGCCAAGAAAGGAGAGGAGAUCGUUAGUGAUGAAAUGUCCAUGCAGAAAAUGAUGCAUUAUUAUCAGCCUCUUUAUUACAUUGAAAGAAUUCCCCCACCUCAGCUCUUUUCUGAUGAAAAUCCAAAUGCUUGUUGCAUUGCAUAAUCACUAAAAAUCACAGAUUAUUUUUUCUUUUCUUGUGAUUUUUGACAUAUCUAAGUCAUUAUCGAAUGCAAGGUUCAGUUUCUCAAUUAUAUUCGACUGAAUGAUGGUAUAAUAAUCAUUCUGUAAUUCCUGUUUCAUAUUUUAUACAUAUGAUUGAAGAGCUUAA